GAAUCCCUGCCGGGGACGGAGCUUCUGAGGCGGCAUGAAGGCGCUCGGUGUCCCGCAGCCGCUCCGCUGAUCCGCAGGCGGUGAAGAUGUCGGUGUCCGGGAUGAAGAAGCAGCUGCAUAAAGCCAGCCAGCUGCUGAACGAGAGGCUGAUGGGAGCCGAGGGCACCAGGCUGGACGAGGACUUCCUGCAGAUGGAGAAGAGCGUCGCUGUGAUCCAGGCUCUGCUCAGCGAGCUGCUGGCCAGAACCACCGAGUUCCUGCAGCCCAACCCCGCAUACAGAGCCAAACUGAGCAUGCUCAGCACCGUGUCCAGGCUCCGGGGGCAGGGCCGGGGCUCGGGGUACCCACAGACAGAAGGCAUGCUGGGAGACGCCAUGGUGCGCUACGGCCAGCAGCUGGGAGGCGCCUCUGAGUUCGGCGGGGCUCUGCUCCAGGUGGGCGGAGCCUUGCAGGAGGUUUCUCGAGCUCGUGAGCUCCUGGACGCGGACGUCACUCGAGGCUUCCUGGAUCCUCUGCAGGAGAUGGAGAGGGCGGAGCUGAAGGACAUCAGGUUUCAGCUGAAGAAGGUCAACGGUCGGCGGCUGGAUUUCGACUACAAGCGGCGGCGGCGGGAGCGACUUCCUGCGGAGGAGGUCCAGCAGGCCGGGGAGAAGUUCCUGAGCUCCAAGGAGCUGGCAGAGCGGAGCAUGUUCCUGCUGCUGCACCACGACCUGGAUCAGAUCCGGCACCUGGCGGCUCUGAUCGCCGCGCUGCUCAACUUCCACCGCAGCUCCCAGGGCAUCCUGCUCAGCCUGCAGCAGGACCUGCAGACCAGGCUGACUGCUGCCAGUAACAGACCGGAGCGGCGCUUCAGGCCUAAAAAGAUCCGAGUGCGAAGCGACCACAGCGGCAGCAUCUCCUUCUACCACCAGCCGACGAUCACCGCUGCCCCGCCCCCAGUGGAGCAGCAGACAGUGCUACCGUACAGUUCCAGCCUCGGUCACAGCGGCGGCGGCGGCGGCGGCGGCGGCGGCGGUGGCGGGCCGCCCCCGGACCGGCCCUGCUGCCGGGCGCUCUUCUCCUUCCAGCCCAGCAGAGACGGCGAGCUGAGCUUCGGCCAGGGCGACGUCAUCGCGCUCUCCCGCCGCGUCGACGACAACUGGUUCCGGGGCGAGCUGGGCGGCCGCUCGGGCCUGCUGCCCGUCAGCUACGUGGACGUGCUGGUCCCGCUGCCGUCGCCAUGACGACCAGCAUCGUAUCCCCCGCUUCUAAUUUGCACUGGUUUCCACAGGACGGAUGGAGAGGAUGUUCGGCCAUGUGGCCGCCCUCCGGGCGGCCGUGCCUUCAGCUUUAGCUUCGUCACAGAUCAUUAAAAAAAAGAUAUUACAAGAAAACAAAUGAAAGAAAGAGCUGGAAUGAGAAAAUCUGAUGCAAAGAAUUGAAAGUUAAGAACUGUAAUGCAACUAUCCAUUAAAAAUUUACCCAAGAACAACUCAACACGCAAAAUAAUCAAACAUAAUGUGAUUAGCAGAGAGAUUCAUAAAAAUACAUGCAUUAGAAGAGCUAAAAAUGAAUUAAAAUACAUUAAAAUACCUCAGAGAUUAUUCAGUUCCCCAAAACAUCAACACAGCUUGAGACUAAUAAAAUAAACAUAAAAUCAUCAGAAGUGGACAAAAACAACAACUCUUUAAUACAUAACCAUACAAAUAACACAAGCACCGUCACUUUUUUAGAGAAGGGAAUUUAAAUGAAUGAUUCCUGAGGCACAAGACAACUGGCAAUAACCCGUAGGUAAACCACAGUCUCACUAAGGGCCGACAACACAACCAAACAAACACAACUGCAGCAGCUGGAAUGCAACACCUGUAAAAUACUGAAGGAAGAAACACCAGAGGUGAAAAUCCUCCACUGUCCAACAGGCAGGAAGACUCCUCUCAUCUCACCGCUCCGGGUUUCUCCCACCAUGAAGUGGUUCCUGUAGAAGUUUUAGUGUAGAGUCAUGAGAACACGAACACACACACACACGCACACACACACACACACACACACACACACACACACAGAGCGACUGUUCCUUUAAUAGAAAACAGGUACACUUUAGAGUCAAGUGACAUUAGUUUAGCACAUAAAAAGAGCUGAAAUAAGCAGAAAAAUAUAAAUCUGCCACUUUUACACCACCAAUGCUUGUGUGUGUGUGUGUUGCUGCUGCUUCAGGAAGUUAAAUACAAUCACGGUUGCUCGGAUGUGUUUGAUUGUUGGAGAACAGUGUUCUCAGAUUCAGCUCGAUCAAUAAUGUCUGAGUCGAAGAGACGCUUCGAUUUGUUUGAGUUGGACUCAGUGAACAUCUGUGUCUUUAUUCAGGAAGCUGGACUGAAGCCUUGUUUUCCUCUGACAGCACAUGUUUGUUUAAAGAAUGUAUUUCUGCAAUAAUUUACCUGAAUAAUAAAUGUCUGUCACCUC